AUGUCACAAUCAAUUCGCAGUUUGACAGCAGCGCCUUUCGCGUUUGAUUUUCUCGAGGAAAGUUUGCGAACUGCACGCAUUUCGGCACUGCAGCCGGUCAACGCAAGCAAAUUCCGCUCACUUUACGGCACGCAAAACGACGGCGGCGGCGUAAAGUGGAGAAAAGACCGGCCAAAUGAUUUACAGCGCUAUCAUCAGGCACGCCCGCCCGCCCAACGGAUUCGCCGCGGCAAUGCAAGUUUCUUCGACUGCACACAAAAGAACAGCCUGCAGAUCCACUGA